GAGAGAAAGAAAGACAGUCAGCGAGUGAACUACCAAGUAUUCUCUUCUUUGGCUUGAUUUUUGCUUUUUCAACCAUCAGCUGGAAUUUUACACUAUUCUUUCCCAUCUGGAAGUGAAAACGAGACUAAUUGGAUUUUUAGAGCAGAGAAAUAUUUAAAUUUAAAAAAACACUCCUAAAACUACAGCCACCUGAAGAAAAAGACCAGCAUGGGUGUUGGGGCUGCAUUAACUGUCCUCGUUCUUUUCAUAGCUACUGUGGAUGCUGGUGGAGGAGUAUCGUUCUGGGGGAAAAAAUUCACAAUGACCUGUCCAGAGGAGGGGGAAUGGUUUAAAAACAAGGAUAAAUUAUCCACUGAAAAUACGUCGACAUAUGAGGUUGAGUAUGAUAACAAGAAGAAAGGCUCUUAUCAUUGUGUGACUGAGAGUGGAACAUAUCACUUCUACGUGCAAGGAAAAGUGUGUGAAAGCUGCUUUGAGCUGGACGCGGCGCUGAUAGGAUUUAUCAUUCUUCUGGACGUGGUUGGGACGGCGGUUAUUAUGUCCACUAUUUACAAGUGUAGCAAAAAUAAACGCUCAGACGGACCUUCUGCUGCUUCCAAGGGACCUUCUCGCUCAGGAGGCCGAGGUCCACCUGUCCCAUCUCCUGACUAUGAGCACCUGAACAUUCACACUCGUGAGCAGGAAACAUACUCCAAGCUGAACAGGACAAGAUAAAGACGGACUGGUUUAAUGCUGAACUUCAGCUGAAAUCACCCUCCAAGGUCCAUUCACACACCAGCUUGGGGAUGCAGUUAUUUUCAAACUUGCUCCUUGAAAUGCAGGUUUUAAUUGUACAGGUGGUGAAAGAUGUGAUAGAUAUGCCAUUAUUUCUGCAGUAAUCUAGAGUAUAAGAAAAUUUUCUGUGACUUGGCUUAUAUAUGUGUGUAAAAAAGAAUUAUGGAUUCUAUGUAGUGUAUAUUAUAAUACUUACGUUUCUGGGAAAAACUCACUCACAGCAUCUAUUAAACAAUGGUGUGAUUAGGAUCUAAACUUCUUGAUUUAUUUUCGUCAUAAUCUAUUGAUGUAGUAAGAUUUGCAGUCUGAAAGCUUUUGACAGAUAUAAAUAAGGUUAAAACAGAAUAAAAAGAAUUCUGAUUAAGAGUACUAAAAACCAUGGGAAUUUUUACCAUUUGGAAAAGUUAGGCAACUGCCUGGAGCCUCAGGCCCCGAGGAUGCUCAAGACAGUCCUUUUAGGUGUGCAUCAAAUAUGAGGUAUAGGCUACAUCACACCUUCAGUUUUCACAUACAGCGACUGCACUGCGAUCUGCUGGCAAAUCAUACUGCAGAGCAAAUCACUCCCUUUCUAACCUAUCAGAGCAUUUCCACAGCCUGCACCCCAGUCCGGCAGCGACGCAUCCCUGGAGCGUCACUCCACUUCUACAAAAUACGCUGCAGGUCUGUUUUCAUCGCAGGCCGCUGCCAAACCGCAUCAACUCCUGUCAAUCAGAAAGCUCCAAACAGGAAGUCACAAGUGUAGAAUAUCCAGUUCUUUCAAAAUACAACACAACGCACAGACUCUGGAUUGUAAAUAAUCCCUAUAUCAACAUUACGUCUCAUGCUGCAGUGAGAGCAAAGGGUCACUGGGAGGUCAGUGGGUCACAGAGAUACAACGGCACCAUUGAUGAGGAAAAGUUAACUUUUGAGGACAUUUAGCCAAAUAAUUUUACCUAAAACCACAGAUCAUUUAAGCAAACAUUAACCUUUUAACUUCCUAAUGUAUGCACCCAGUGGUGGAAGCAAUAACAUCAUGGACUUAUGCCAGAAUGGAAGAUAAAUUAACCCCAAAAGGUCUGCCAUGAUCUCUGCCUGCUGACCAGAGCUGGGCUGCAGUGCAUCGCUGUAGACAUGCUUCCAGUGGGAAGUCGCACGCCUUCGGUCGGAGCUAACCCACAGCACUUUGGUGUGUGGCACAGUCAUUGUAUGUGGAAAUUGCAGGUUAAGGUUGGCUCAGACUACACAAAUUUUGGUUGUUCAUGACAACACCAUGUCAGACGACGCAACUGAAAUGUUGCCCCAACUUGCCAACAGCCUGGCCAAACUAAAAGUAUGAUCUUAUUGUACGCUGAUGUCACCACUGCGUCUGUGACUGUGUGCGAGUUUACAGGUCAUCGUGGGGUGGGUCAGAAAGAGUGAAUCAUAGAAAAGUUCUACAUGAUGCUAGUGGUCUUUUGCUCUGACAAGAACAAAAAACAAGAAAUUAUUAUGGACUCUUCCUGAUGUAUUACUUUUUACUUUUCUUAAAACAGAAGUACCUUUUUAUUUGUAAUGAACCAUGGGCAUGGGCACACUGACUAAACCAUUAGUAGAGUUCUGACUUCAGAGCUAUGUCCACAAAUGUCAGGAUACCUGAGAAUAAAGUGGAAGGAACUGAUACAACAUUAAGGGAAAAAUCAUUAAAUCGAAAAAAGAAACAAGAAUAAUUGAAGUUGAAAUACUUUAGAAAUAAGCGUGUAAAUUUGCAAAGUGGGCUACAGAAACCAAAAUAAUGGAAAAUGGUGAAAAGCAGUUAAAAAGUAGCAAAAGUAGCAAAAAAUAGUUUAAAGAAGCAAAAUCGGGCAAAAAUUUGUUAGAGACAAAAGUGGAAUUUAUGGGGAAACAGAUUUGGCAAAAAAUUGGUAGGAGCAGCAAUGAAAUGGGGUCGGAAUGUCUUAUCAAUAAAUAAUUUGAACAUCAGAACCCAGUAAUAGCUUGACACCCUUUUAUCUCCAAAAUAAAGCCAGGACGCAUCCGUAAAUCACAACUGGGGAGGGCCCAUUCACUGGAUUUCUCAGGGGUCAAGCCAAUACUGUGGACAGGUCUGUUACCCCUGCUCAUAAUCAGACUCAACAUUUUACGAUGACCUGUGAUGAUGUGGUCUGGCUGAAUUUGUGUAGUCUGAGCCAGACUUAAAUCUACUUUCAGUAGUUAAGAUGUAUAUUUCAGUGGUUCACAAAGGGAUGGGUCGCAAGAUGCAUUCCAAAGAAAAAAAGAACAGCUUUUAAUGAUUUAAAAUACUAAGUUUUGCUUGUAGCCUUUCUAUCAAGACAUUAUUUUAUAAAGUAUAAAGAUUUUAAGGAUGUUGUGUUCUUUUAUGUUGUUUUCAUGCCAGUGUUAGGCAAGGCCCAGUGUAUAUGCUGGAAUAGAAAGGGGUCCCUGGUCUCUGGCUCUGUUAUUUAGGAGGUCUGGGGCUGAAAUGUUUGGGAAUCCCUGGUGUAUUUUUUAGGUAAAUAAGGCCCUAAUAUAGCAAAUUCCAAGCCUCUUUAAAUCCUCAAGACGACUUCAUACCAGGCAGGCACGCUAUAGGGUAGAUCCCUACAGACAUGUUGAAACAAUGAAUUGGAAGAUUACUAUGUGGUAAAAUGUAUGAAAUAGGUUAAAGUUAUGAUGCUCCUCUAAAAAGCAGUGACGACAAAAUACUACCGGGUAUUAGUAUUUCAGAUAUAGGCACUUUCUGUGUACUCUUCUGGCUAUGUAACCUGAUAAUAGAUUCCUCUAAGUAUUUGGUCAUCUCUUUGUGAUUACUUUUAGCUAAAUCAGUCAUUUGCCUUGGGCCUCCAAAUUACUAAAACCAUCCCUGUUGAAAACUACUUUCUAAAAAACAUGAACUCAAACUAGACUUACUAACAAACACAUGUAAAAUAGCUGAGAAUUGGUCAGUGAUAUGUAGUUAAAUGAUAGAUCUUGUAAAAGCUCUCCUUAUUAGAUGAAUAGAGCACAUGCACAGCAGAUAAAGUGAAAGGAACUGAAGCAGCCUUGAUUUAUGUUCAAUUUUCAAUUUUUAGUGACCAUUUUUGCUUUGUAUGACUUUAUGCAGAUGAUCCUCUUAUUAUAGUCAUUGAGUGUAUUACCAUUAAUACUGUACAUAUACUGUCUAAUCUACAAUGAUGUCAAUAUAAAAUAAUAAUUUCCAGUUAUUUCAUAAUAUGAGUAAAAUGUUUGUUUGUUUUAUGUCUCUUAAUUUACAAAUUGUAAAAAGAGAAUAUAACUUACUUUAGAAAUUGUAUGCAGAUGUACCUCCUUGCUGUUUUUUUUAUUUCUAAAGCUUUAUUAUUCUAAUCUUCUGCCUUAAACUAUUUGUUACUGCAAACUGUGUGAAAUGUGUCACUAAUUAAUAAACCACAGACAACGUU